GUGUUCACGCCAAGGUUAAAAGAUUUCUAGGAUUUCUGUGAUGUCCAGGCUAAUGGAGGUAAGUUGAAAAAGUGAUCAUCUGUUAGUUACGUAUAGAAUAAUUGUUCAGUUAAGGUUGGUUGCUCUUGAUGUAAUAAUUAUUGUAUCUUCACUCUAAGAGCUAGCUGAAAGGUUUGAGGUUAAUGAGAAGUUUGAGUUGUGGUUCUGAAUUUGUUGGUGAAGAGGUUAAAUGAUCAGAUCAUGUCAGACUCUGGAUCAGUGAAGUUCUGAUUAUAGCCCAGGCUAUCUGUUCCAUCACCUGAUUUUCUUAGACAAGAAAAUAUUUAUCACAUUAUGUACAGUCUUCACCCAGAUCAUUUAUUUUGUGUUUGAUGGCAACAUACAGCUGUACAGCUGGAGGCAAUGCUGUGCUUAAAAAUUUUAGCAUUGUAGCAUUAUGCUUUUGAGCUUUAGCCUUAAAACAACAGCUACGACAACAACAAUUACGUUCAAAAAGUAGCAAUAUCCUUGACUGAUCUUGGCAGACAUGUAUGCAACAUUAAUUUUAAUUGUAUCAGUUACUAACUUCAAACUGGCAGCCAUGAUGGAUAGGUAAUUGGCCAGUCUUAGCAACCUAACAAAAUGUUACAACUGUGCAACAAGACAUUGAAAGUAGCAAUCAAGCCUUUGACUAUGUUAAUCCUCCCUAAAACACUUGAAAGUAAAAAUUUCUCAAUACAGUUUGGAAAUACUGUAAAAUUGUGAAAAUAAGCCCCGGGGCUUAUAUUUUUCAAAGGCCUCUUUUGAGGGGCUUAUUUUUGGAGGGGCUUAUAUUCAGAGGGGCUUAUCUACGGAGGGAAAUUUGCAUUUCAAAAUCGAUUAGGCUAGCCUUGUAGUUCGUAGUAAAUUUACGGUUUUUGCUUUGUGUUACUUUGUAUUUGAGGGCAAUUUUCCAAGUACAAGCCCCCGGGGGGCUUAUAUUUGGAGGGGCGAUUUAACGGAGGUUUUUUUGCGUUACAAGUUUGGGGGGCUUAUAUUUGGAGGGGCUUACACAUGGAGGGGCUUAUUUUUGGAAUUUUACGGUAUUAUGAUUGUUUUCAUUAUAAUUCUCUCUAUGCUGAAAAAAAAAGGCAAUUGUGCCGGCAUUACUUCAUUCUCCGACUAUAGAAUUAUGCCCAAAAUUAUGCUGGCAUAAUUUACCUAACCCUAGUGGUGGACUAGCAUUCCAUUCCAUAGGUGGAGGGGGAAGGGGGUGAGUUCUGAUACUCCUUGGUGCUUCAUGCAUCUCCAAUCAAGAUACUCCCUAACUGUGCACACCCUUUGGCUUGUUUUAAGGACCUCUCCCAUCCAUGGGGGUGGACUACCAUCCAAUCUAGGGGGGAGGGGGUGGAGUUGUAAUAUUCCUUUCUUGAUGCUUCACAUCUCUCCAAUUAAGAUAAGCUCUUGUUGUGCAGGCCCUUUGGCUUCUUUUAAAUACCUUUCUUGUCCAGGGGAGUAGACUAUCAUCCAAUCCAUGAUGGAGAGAGGGGGUGGGGAUGGAGUUGUAAUAUUCACUCCAUGGUGCUUUAUGCUACACCAUGGCUUUGCAGGCCCUUUAGCUUGUUUUAGGUACAUCUUGUGGAAUAUUGAAAAGGUUGCUGAUUCCCCUUCCCCCGGACUCAAGAAAUUAAGUGGGUAAUUGAUACAUGUAUAGUCCUCAGUUCUCAGUGUGGAACUCAGUCUAAGCAGAUGCUAAGACACUCUUAGCAAAGUGCCUCAUCUCAGUCAAAUUUACAUGAAAGACAAUAAUUAUUAUCCUUGAGUUUUUUAACUUACAUUGUGUAAUUACAGUUUGUAUGAAUUUAGUAUCUCGUCAUUUAGUAAAUCCUUUAGUAAAUUAAUGUUACUCUUUUUUUAGGAUUUUUCAUCCUUUCCAAGCACAGCCUCUACAUCACAGGAAGACCAUGAAAUCGAUUCAGGAUCCACUUCCUCCAGGAAAUUGAGAGUAACUCUGUUAAGCAGUGAAUGGAGAUCAACAAAAGGAGGCUUGUCAACCAUCAACCGAGAGCUGGCCAUUCAGUUGGCAAAACACCCCAAAGUGGAUGUCAGCGUUUAUCUUCCCCAGUGCAGUGAAGAGGAUAAACGAGUUGCUGCAAGUCACAAUGUACAUCUUAUUGAAGCAGAAGAAAUGCCAGGUUAUGACAACCCGGUAGACUGGUUGUCCUUUUUUCCUGAAAGCCAUUCUGUCGAUUGUGUGAUAGGACAUGGGGCUGUUCUUGGUCGGCAAGUGCAGGGUAUAAAACGUCAGUGUAAGUGCAAGUGGAUUCAGGUCGUUCAUACAGCCCCUGAAGAGCUUGGUAUGUUUAAGUCCUACACAGAUGCCAUUUCAAGAGGCGAGAAAAAGCACCAGGCUGAGGUAAAACUCUGUGAAAAAGCUGAUCAAGUUGUAGCAGUUGGACCCAAGCUGGCUGCAGCUUUCUCAGGUUAUCUCCGUCCUUGUGGAAAAGAUCAAGAUGUUCUCAAUCUUACCCCAGGCAUUUUCUCUGAGUUUGCUGAUGUAAAGCAAGCCUCUCAAGAAAUAAGUUCAUUCAGUGUUUUAGUGUUUGGACGUAGCGACAGUGAAGAUUUUCAGCUGAAGGGAUAUGAUAUCGCUGCUCAAGCCAUUGCUGAGUUGAAAGACGUGACCUACAAACUUGUGUUUGUCGGGGCAACAAGCGGAGAAGAAGAAAGAGUAGCCGACUUGCUACUCAAGCAAGGCAUUCAUCGCAGUCAACUCAAGGUGCGUCGUUUUAAUGAAAGCAGAGAGCAGCUUGCCCAGUUGUUUUGUGAGGUGGAUCUUGCCAUAAUGCCAUCACGAACUGAGGGAUUCGGUUUAGCUGCCCUUGAGGCUUUAUCAGCUGGUCUGCCUGUGCUGGUCAGUGGGAACUCUGGUCUUGGCGAGGCUUUGAAGAAAGUUUCGUUUGGUUCAAGUUGUGUGGUGAUGUCGGAAAAUCCAAAAGAUUGGGCCAAUGCGAUCAGAAUGGUCCGUGAAAAAGACAGAGAGAUGCGACUUGACGAGUGUAAAACCCUACGUGAAAAAUACGCUAUGAAGCACAACUGGCGAGAUGACUGUAAUAGACUUGUGGAACGAAUGCUAAACAUUUCUGGAGGUAACAUGUUUACAGUGUUAUUUAGGUUGGUCUUUAUGUUUUAGAAUACUGACGUUUGUGCAUGUGCGAGUUACGCAGCUACAACAACCAGAAGUGAAAACCUGAGUAAUACAAUGAAGUUGCGUUCAUUCAGACUUCAUCGCCAUUUUUCCAACUCGCACAAUUUGUUAAAUGUAUGCGAAUGUUUCUGGACUUGAAUUUUUGCAAAAACAGGAAGAAAAAUUUUCUGUUCUGUGUUCUUUGAUUAGUAAAUCGCAACAGAGUUGUCGUUUUGCUAAUUAAACUUUUUACUUUUGUCGUCGUGUGACGGUUGCCUAAUACGUGGUUCCCAAAGAAUCGUCCGGAUUCUCUUAAUUAAUCGCUGCCAGUUUUUGGGGCAAGUCGUUCCGGACGAUUACUAAAUAGGACCAUAGUUAUUAGAGGAGACUGGUUAUGAAAAGCGGCAAACAUCAAUGAUAAAAACAACAGUGCUGCAGUUUAUGUUCAAAGCACCCUGAAAGUGCACAAUCCUUUGUUUUCUGUUGGCAAAUUGUUACGGAAUAAAUUAAUGCAACGUUUUUAUUGGUCAAUACAAUCAAAAUGAUAGGAAUUCUUUUGAACGUUGUGCACUUUCAGGUCCACAAAAACAUAUAACAAAGGAGUCUGACGGGUUUCAUAACCAUUCCACUCAAUUAACUAUGAUAGGACGUAGCCUGUAAAAGAAAUCCUUCAGUUCUGUUCAAGGUUAAGUUGUUUGAAACAUGUUUAACGGUAAUCGUACGAAGUUACGCAAACUCAUACAACAACCAGUGGUGAAAACCUGAGUAACAAAAUGAAUUCGCGUUCAUUUAAACUUUAUCGCAAUUUUUCUAGUCUGGAUCAUCAUAAUCGCCCCAAGUUGUUGGGCUAAAUUGUUCCGGACAAUUGUUCAAGGUUGAGUUAUGGGAGGGAGCGAGGCCGAGUGGUCAGAGCGCUGGACUAGCAAUUCGGUGGCCCCGCGCUGACCGCUAUCUGGCUUUGUUCACGAUAGCCCCUAGUUCAAAUCCUCGACCACGCUUGUAAGUAGCCAGCUGGUUUGCCUUCGGCCAGUUGGGAUUCUUAACCCUGUUAUGUUUGAUUUGAGUUAUUUAUUUCAGUCAUUUGCUCGGCCCCACUAGCGUAAGUGCUAUAAAUACUGCCAAGGGUAAAUUAAGAAAUUAUUAUCGUGGCGGACAGAAACAUGUUUAUCUGUUUUUCUAGUUUAACUGUAAAUAGAGCAUGAGUUGUCAUGGUAACUAACCAUUGUACUAAUCGCCUUACAAACAACUCGGUCCAGGCCAUUGCUAUCUUCGAAACACAUGCUGAAUCGUCUCAAUCACCUGGAAACAUUGUGCCAUAACUAGCCCGAUCGAAACGAUGCUGACGAUAAGAGACCUUACGAUUCGACAACGCUGACGCCAAUAAAAGUGUGCUGAAAAAUAAACUUCGCAUUCUCUCAAACUUUUUCACGAUUGGAGUGGAUUGGUGAAACUCUUAAACUCUGUUUAAAUCAACGGGUCUGCGACGUUGAUAAAGAAUUGUUUCUAUUUUUUGUAGGUUCCAAUACAGAUGAGCAGGAUUUAUCUAAGAAAGCGGCUGUGAUUUGUCAAGAUGUAAAAGCCUCUUCUUCUGUGAAAUCUCUUCAAAAAGGUACACUUGAGUUGAAUCUUGGAAAAAUGAACAAAAUAUUUAUAAGAGUAAAUCUUUGUUUUUCAUGUAAAACGUUUACCGUAGUCUAACGAGAGCUUAUUGAGUAUUCCUUGCUGGACAAUUGGAUUAACCAGGAAUAGUAGGGGCACUGAAAAACACUCGUCUGAAAAGAGCUCGAAAUUCUUUCACAAUGUCACAGGUCAAACUACGUCAAUUGCCGACAAAAAGCACUCCGGUUUAAGCUUUACUUGAAAGGUGAAAAAUUCCUUACCACUGUUUCAGAAGAGCUUUGUCCGUUAACUAACAAACGAGCCUGUUUUUCCAAGAUUGGUGAUCCGACGUCUCUAGUGUGAAAACGGCCAUUAUUAAUGAUGGAUAUACCUUUGUAAAUGGACGCGAUUCAUGAGACCUCCAUUUCCCUAGAUUUGCCACAAUCGGGAGCCUUAGAAAUACCUGCUCUCAAAAGAUUUUGUUCGCUUUUAGCCCCAAGCAGGAUUAGUUGUCAUGGUAUGUAGCGUUAAGAGUAUGUUGGUAUGUCUGUGGUGCUUAUGCUCAGCGGUAUUUCGCGCCAAGAGUGUGUGAACGAACAUGGCAGAGAUAGUUUUACUAUAUAAACACCAAUGAAAUACCAGGUGAUCUUUCGCGCGAAAACAUGAUAACUUCACAUGUGACAAUAUCUUCCUUGCUAUGGCUACGUAGUAAUUUGCGCCUUUCACACCAAAAAAUUAUUAAAGUGAAAUGGCUUGGUAUUUCAUUGGUGUCUAUAUAAUAAAUAGAACAUUACAUGGCCACUUGGAGAUACGAAAUUUCUCUUGUGUUGAAAAAAUAUUUCACUUGUUCGCAACGCUCACUCGUGAAAUAUUUUUCAACCCUCGAAGAGAAAUUCCGUAUCUCCGCGCAGCCAUGAUAUCCUCUAUAUAUUUACUGUUCCGUCUACAUUUGUGUAUAAACCUCUUUAAUCAUGGCCGUACCGGAUGGUUAACAAAUACUUUAAAGGUCGGUUAAUGGAUGAAGUAUCUUCGGAACAGUUAUUUAGACAAAAGCCUAAUUAUGUUGGUAUUUGCUGGAUUUAGUCUCAGGCGCAGCAAAGAGAUCGAAGUCUUCAAAAAAAGGCAAAAGGCCUUUAUCUUCAAGCAAUACUCCAAAACAUCCGAGACUGUUGCGAGAUGAAGGUAAAGUUUUACUUUUCCUUUUUUUAGGUAAGGGUUGGUAUUGUAUUGCGUGUAUAUGACAGAGUAUAUGUAAACUUUCCCAAUAUAGUAUAAUGGGGCCUUUGUAGCUGGUCUUAUGUUCCCUAAGCGCGUCUUCCUAACCUGCAUAACUGAAGAAAUAAGACGGUGGUGGUGCUUUUCGUUGGCGUAGCAGCUCGUGCGCGCUGGAUUUCUCUCAGCGAGAGUAGCUGCCAAUCUAUUUUGAUCCUUCUCUUUCGCUUUCUAUAUUUUCCCUUUGCCUUUGAUUUACAUAGCCAGUUUUUUUGCCCACUUAACAGCUGCAUCUCUUAGUUGAGGUGGGUGUCCGGGCUGCUAGGGGCCACCACUUUUUAGACAGAGUUACGCCCCCAUGGCUGGUAAACCCGCGCCUUCCAGCCACGUCUAGCCUACUCUCCCAAUUUCGAACGUGCUUUAUAACACUCUCAAGCUACAAUCAGGCGUGUUUAGAAUUUUGAGCACAUUUUGGCCCAAAAUAUAGUCCAAUCGCGCUACAAUUCCUUGAGUGAAAACCUGACAAAUACAAAUUUUUCUCUCUCUUUUUAAAUGUGGAUGAGGUUCCUAACAAUUCAACUCAACUAGGAAAGUUCGCCAAAUUUUGACAAAUUGUGAGAGUUAGGAAAAAAAUGCAAUAACUUUGAAAGAACCCGAAGUUAAUUUUACUUUUUCGAGACGUCAAACUGCCGUCAACUUUUGCAUGUGGUUAUCUAAACGCCCUACUGUGGUAACAGUCUAAAAGGAAAAGUGUAUAAACGGAAACAGAAAAAUCAUCGUAAUUUUUGCCAUACAUGUAAACCUGAUUAUCUUUAGGCCUCAAAAUUUUCCAUAGUUGAACAGAAAAUUUUCAUAUUUGGUUGUUUGUUGUUGCAUCAAAAGUUCAUCGGAAAACAGUGGCUCCGUUUAUUUCUACGAGGUCAAGCUAAGUCGACUUAACUGAUUUCCAUUUUAAUGUUUAUAGUUAACGAUGUUUAGCGAUGUUUAGAUAGUAACAGUUACUAAACAAGAAGACGCCCGAAGGCGCUUACGCGGGAUGUGUGGGUUUAAGAAAGAAUUACGGGUAUGUUGGAUGGCAAUGGAAAGUUGUGCAGUGUAUGCAACAAAUGUGUGCAGGAGAGACGGAGAUGUUCUGUUAAGGACUAAUACACUAGAAGAUGAGUUACACACAAGGGUUCCUUUGCUACUCAAAACAAAACUUACAUCAAUAUUACCACCAUAUAUCUUAGUAGUAUGGGGUAGUUCACUAAAAUUUGCAUUCCUUUACUAAUGUCCUCAAAAAAUGCGCUUCCACAUUUAACAAUAGCAUGUAAUGUAUCAUACUUCCAAUAACUACAGGGCUUCAAGGAAGUGCUCUAGGGGAAACUUCAGGGAGCCCUUUGGGCUCCCGAAGCAUUUUUAGCUGCGGUGCCCGGGCCUCCAAGUUGGUCGCCCAAAUUAAUAAAUCAAUGAGCUGUUAGUUAAUUAUUAAAAAUUAAUAACAAGUCAAGCAGAAGUCUGUGAAUAUUUUUUUGAUGAAAAAUCACAUCCCUUUGACCUCCUGAGCGUGCGAAAAAAAAAAAAAAUCGGCACGUUGUCAUAUGAAAGUAAGUUUUCGCGCCAUAUGAGAAACACGGACAACGCCGCCGAACAUUUCAUGUUUUUUAAAUGGCAAAGUAAAUUUGGGGUCAAAAAUAAGGGCACUAUUCUUUUUACUAAUCAUUUUGAUUUAGGUUGAAAAGAAAAUUCGCUUAUUAAGAUCGAAUGAGAUCCCGUGGAGCUUUCCAGGAAAACUGUUAUGAUUUCAACGAAACCGCGGCGCCCCCCGGGGGGUUACUUGCGUUAAUUUUUGCUGGGUAUGUGCCGCUGGCCUCUCAGAGCCCCUACCCCAUUAUAGUCUUUUCUGUGGCCAAUUGUAGACCCCACAUUAGUCACUCUUGAGCAAAUAUGUAAUUUUUGCGAUGCCAACUUAGUCACUUUCUAUUUACGUAUCUAACUUAUCAAUCCUUUAAAUAGGUCAUCAAAAAAUGAAUUGACCCAUUUUUUUAAUAAAUUGAACGAAGAACACUUUACUUUUCACCUACAGUACAAAUAUCCUGAUACGUUUGCUAACCGUAAAUAUGAACAGCUCUCUUACCCCCAAAAGUAGUAACUCUUUUGAAAAUGGAACCCCAUUAAUAGUCAAUCUAGUCGUGAAAAUGCGACCUCAUCCAGCGGCACAUCCCCAUUAGCCUCUUUAUAAGGAAGUGCCUCCCCCGGGCUGCCCUAAAACCAUUAUCUCUUUUGAAUAGAUUAUCUUGUUGUAAAGUCGUCGUUUAAGCGCAAAACGGAAGUAUUUUCUUUCUAUAUUACCGGUGAAAUGUUCGGGACAAAUGUAGAUUCGGUUAGCUUUUUCGUAUUUAGUUUUAGUACGUGAUACGUAAUGCCUGGUCACGACACGAAAGACAAUGCGGGAUUUAUACCCGAUUCUAGAACAAUCACAAUUACUAUAGUCGUUUCUUUUCUUUUUUAUGCAUCGUAUUUUACUGGAAUAACAAUCUUAGUUAUGUUUUAGCCUCGCAGACACAGCAGGUAAAAAGGUAAAAAUAUUUAAAGAACAUAAAAGACCGACCCCUUGUUUAUUCAGCGAUUUUUCAAAAUACAAAAAUAUUGUUUUGCGUCGCCGACCGUACUUCACGCCUGUCAGAGCAAAAGUAACAAUUUGUUUUGAAAAACUAACUAAUGAACAAUCGUAAUUUGAAGAAAAAAUUUCAAUGUUAUUAUGAAAAGCUGUUACUAUCGAAAACUGUGCAGCUUGUCACGUUCAUAGUCAAGGAUUACGUUACAUGUGAAUUCACGUGAAACAACCUUUGAACAUCAACGCGUGCCCGCUGGCCGAUUUAACAACAUUUUCCUAAAGCUUUUUGAUAGACAUGCUACUUAUUGCUACUUACAAGUCGACCUCAAGAGUUUCUUAGCGAGCGGAGCGUUCUUUUUAAGGCCGCGAAGCCACCGAGAGAGCAACGAUUAGGCAAGUCAAUAAAUUCUAGACAUUCUUAGCUUUUUGACUGUAACUCAACAGAGACAGGAAACCAACACCAGCAAGUCGCCCGGCUGGGCCACCUAGACAAUAUUUUCAGUCGCCCGAGGCCAAGUCUUGCGCCGUAUUAAGAGCACGGCCUUGAGUCUUCGUCCUCCUCUACACGGUGACCUUACUUUUCCCUCAUUUGCUGACGCAGUAUCUUUUUUCGGCUUGUGCAAUCCAGCCUGACUUGCAGGUGCUUCAACGUUGCGGCUAAUAAAAAUCCACACAAUUUUUCGGGACGGGCACGGGAUACGGGAAAGUUAAAAAACAAGGCAAUUUUUGACUCCCAAGACGACGAAAGGAAUGUGUUACCGAAUUUUAGACGCUGGCUGACUACGUCAUCCCGCGUAAUAAAUAUUUUAAUACCCAUGGCGCGAAAUACAUGUGAGUAUGAUCUAAUGCACUUCACAUUAAAGCUAGACUGAAUAAAAUAUACAAAAUGAACUGCAUGCAUUUUAACAUUGUUUAUAGUAAACGAUGUUUAGAUCGAAGGGUUUAGCCAAAUUAAAAAUAGCUUAGAACUCGGUUUCAGUGACGGUUAAACGCUGGCUAAUCUCCCUUCAUCCCUGAUGCUUUGAAGGAAAGAAUAAUUGUGUUACUACUGUUUUUGUAGGUCCCAAUACACAUGAACAGCAGUUAUCUAAGAAAGCCUCUGUGAUCUGUCAAGUUGAAAACCCCUCUUCUUCUGAAAAACGUCUUCAAAAAGGUAUUAUUGAAUCGUAGGUGAACAAUAUAACAUGUACAUUCAAGAGGAAAUCGUUGUUUUUCUUGUAGAAAAUGUACUUUACUCUAACGAAAGCUUAUUGAGUAUUCCUUGUCGGGAUGGUACACUGUACAGUAACAAGGAAUGAUCAAAGCACCGAAUAAGACUCGUUUAAAAAGAAUUAAAAUUUGUUAUGAUUGUCACAGAUUACUUUUGGCAGUUGUCGACAAACAAUAUUCGUUUCAGGUUUUAUAAUGAAGUUAAAUGAAAUUUAACGCAGUUAACAAGAAGGAGAGCGGUUGCGUGUUGUCGGUCAGCGGUCAGUGCGGUGGCUCAAGCGUGGUUAGCCUUGCUUGCAUCAUCUCCAUGUGCUUAGGACAGCGUUUCCUGGCGGCCCCUCUCUUCGUUUGGCCUUUAAAUCAUUCUUUUCAUUCUUUUACCCCCAUCCCUCCUCCUCUCUUAUUUUUCCUCUGAUAAAUCAGUCUGGCAGGUGCCUGGUCCCAUUUGCGUGGGGCUCAUGGUUGGAAGGCGCGGUUUACCAGGGGCUAGCCUGUUCCAGGCGGUCAGUUAGUAGAGUGCGGUGUUCGGAUGGUGGGGAGUGAGUUAAAUCGUACACGGAGGAAACGAGGGGAAAAGAACGAAGAGAGAGUGAGGCGAGUUUCCUCCCUUUUCCAUUUUCUCUCCCGUUUUUGUUUUCCUCGUCAGGGGCUGGGUUUGCCAAAAGUGGAAACCCCUGGACAAACCAGGCACCCACCUCCACUAAACGAUGCAGUUGUUAAAGAGAGGUGAAAUAUUUGUUAACACCUUCAAAGGCGAGCUCUAUUCCUGCCUUGUAAAGGGGCUAUGUCACGGCAGUCUAGUCUAUUUGCUUAAUUUUUCUAAUUACUAGCCUAAAGGUUGAUUUCCACUGUCGCGUAAUUUAUACGCGACAGCAGAAAGCUAGUAAUUGAUUACGGAUAUACUUUUCUGCAGUUCAGUACGCGGUUCAUAAAACCUCGAAAUCCCCAGUAACGACUGUAGGGGGGCCUUGGAAAUGUUUUAGUAUUGCAAGGCUAUCUGUUCUCCAAUCAUUGUCUUUGUUUUUAGCCGUAAGCAGGAUUUCUUAUUAGUGUAUUUAGCUUUAAGAAUAUUUUUUUAUAUAAUAAUCUUUUAUAAAUUGCGAAAAUAUCUUCGGUAAAUUAAAAUUAACUGGACAAUAGUUGUUCCUACGGAUGGCAAGGAUGGACAUGGAUUGAAACUUGAAAAAAUCGGGCCAACGUUUUUAAGAGCCAAUGUCUGUAAUUUUCGAGAAUCGGUUGACAGUCGUGAAUUUUUGAAUUUCUUCGUAUUUUGCCCACAUAAUAUCUAUAGUACACUUGUUUCAAAAAUCACAUUAAACCUUGUAACGGCUUUUUGUUUUUUCCUGAAUCGGGCAAAGUUUGAAAAACGCUAAAUCGGCGCUCUUUCGAGUAUGAAAUUAGCGAAAAUUAAGCAUUUUCUUCGCGCUCGUACAUAAAAACGUGAUGAUAUCUCUAAAUGAAAUCAAGUCACAAAGCAAACAUAGACUUGUGCUUCAUAAUUCAGCAAUUAUCUUUAGAUAAGCUGCUUAAAUGUGGCCGUGUCGGACGCAAGAAGAAACACGAUUUCGGCUCUUUUCAAAAAUGACAAAUUUGACCUAACUUCACCAUGGAAAAAAACAAUUGAUACAUGGAAUUUCAACAUGAAACAAACACUAUUUUAAGGCAUAUCCUUUGCCGUUUUUUGUGUUAAAAAAUUUUUGGCGGCAUUACAAAAGUGCGUCGCUGAGACACCGAAACGUGCAGGGUAGUUUCGCACGUUGGAACGCUCAAACAAGCUAGCCGCGACCGUUGGCACACAAAAGUUUUUUCAAACUUAUCUUCUUUUACGAGGGGCACAUUACGGGAAGCUCUUAAAGUCUUUUGAAAAACGCUUUUCAAUUUGAUGGUUAUAAAAAAAAACUAAGUAGAUUAACACUGCAUUUGAUUGCACGCAAGUAGCUGAAAAAGACAACGCUCAGAUUAAGUCCUCAUUAAGUGUAAAUAUUGACCUUAAGUUUCUGCACCUAAAAUAAAGCCGCUAGAAACGGCGUGUUAGCUCUAAUUGGGAUUCGAGAUCUCUAAGAAUUUACUUACCACAGUCGUUUCAACUGCAAGUGGCCGCAGUUUACUGAAAUCUUCCGUCGUUUAGCCUCGGACUAAAUGCUGUGUUGCGUGAUGAAAGCCCGUGUGUGAUCUGAAACUGGUCACCCAACCGUACAGAAAAGGAUGAAUCAUCGCACGAGGGUACAAGAAAAAAUAAAAUGACAAUUAACACUGUUUUUUUUUUAGUUUUAUAUGUUAUAUUCUCCAAAACAUGUCGAACUAAAAUUGAUUUUAGGAUGUACCAGCCGAAACUCAAAUAGGGAAAGAAAACAUGCGUUCUCUCGAAGGUGCGCAUUUGGAAUGCCGCCAGAAAUAUUUGAACACAAACAACAGCAAAGGAUAUCCUUCAAUACAGUUCUUGUUUCAUAUUGAAAUUCUAUGUACCAACUGGGUUUUUACGAUGGUGAGGUUAGGUCAAAUUUGCCAUUUUUGAAAAGUGCUAAAACCGUGUUUCUUCUUGCGGCCGGUACAGUCACAUUUAAACGGUUUAUUUAAAGUUAAUUGCUGAAUUAUAAAGUAAAAAUGUUUGUCUGCUUUGUGACUUGAUUUCAUCUAGAGAUAUCAUUUCGUUUUUAAGUACAAGCGCGAAGAAAAUGCUCAAUUUUCGCUAAUUUCAUACUCGAAAGAGCGCCGAUUUAGAGUUUACCAAACUUUGCCUGAUUCCUGAAAAAAUAAAAAGCAGUUACAAGUUUUAACGUGAUCUUUGAAAUUAGUGUACUAUAGAGAUUAUUUGGCCGAAAUAUGAAGAAAUUCAAAAAUUCACGACUGUCAACCGAUUCUCGAAAAUUACAGACAUUGGCUCUUAAGAGCGAAUGUACAGAAAAAUCGAGCAAAAUCGGCAAAUCGUGGCCACAGCUCAAAACCUAACUUACCCUCAUUUUCAGUCUGUAAUAAGGUUUUAAUGAGUUUAUAACACUGCUGAGGUUUAAAUUUCAAAAUGCGGCCGAGUUUGGGAAUUAUUUAAGAUUUUCGAUUUCAACGGUCCGCGGACCUAAAAUUAGCCGCCGAACACGGCAAUAUAGCCUAGCGACAGAAAUGAGCUGACUUUCAUAAACGAGCGAAUAUAUUGGCAAUCUUCCGCUUAAAUCUCAAAAAACAGAUAUUAACAAUUUCUAAACAGCACAUUUUUUUAGAUUUAGAGGAUAAAAUAUCGACGAACGAGCACAAUUUUCAAAAGUAAUUUGCAUAAAAUCCCGCUUACUUCCUAAUGAGAUAUAGUACUUCAACAUUAUCUGAAAGUUAGUCUGGUGUUCUCGCGAACGCUUGUAAAAUAGAUUGAUUAUUUUGAGGUUAUUUUGCCCCAAACAACCGCUAAUCAGCUGGCUAAUUGCCCCCAGGGUCAGUUGACACGUGCACGUCACCUUAGUUUUAUGCACGGCAGGUACAAAACGCAGGGCACAGGUCACAGGUCAGGUCACAGGGCACAGGUCACAGGUCACAGGGCACAGGUCACAGGGCACAGGUCACAGGUUACAGGUCACAGGGCACAGGUCACAGGUUACAGGGCACAGGGCACAGGUCGUAGGGCACAGAAAACGCAGUAAAAACAGUUAAGACACUCCAUUAGGCUUUUUUGUUUUAUUUCCGGUUACGCCACAAUCAGGCAUAUGCUUGCCAUCGACCAUGCUUUCCGGUUUUGUACUGAGGGUUGAACAAGUAAAUGGCUAAAGUUACACAUUGUAUUGGAACUUGAGGAGUUCCUUCUCUGGAGAUCGCGAAACGAGGCUUUUUCUUCGCUCCACGCGAGUGGACUUGGAACGAGGCCCUGAGAGGAGAAUGGAACGGAAAAUAGCCUCGUCUGUGCAGAAAGCAACAUGGCGGAAGACCAGAGUUUCGAGGUAAGAAAACAGCACUUGCUGACAAGUUAUUUUGGCCUCAGUUCCACUGAAGAACUGAAAAAUAACUUAGUGAAUUAUCAACACACGUCUACUUCGCUAACUAUCGACUGUGCUGCAAUCGUGAAUUGCCGAUUUCGGUUUGUUGCUGCGUACAUUGAUGUUUAAGACUUAAGUUGUCAUUAAGUUGAGCAAUGGAAACAUGGUAUGAUUCUAGCCGUAGUUACGAAAUAGUGACACCUUUUAGACCAAGACCGUUUGCAUAAUUUGAAAGUUUUUUAUAUAACUAUAAUCUUCAAAACCAAACGUACUUGUUCGGUAUCGCUGUUAGCAGUCCAUGCAUCAGGACCGAGCUUUGUUCCAUUUUAUCACGCGAAUGAAAGAAGAUGUAUAGGAUAUGCAAUGUGGCUUUGAUCAUUUCUGUUUUCAUUACUUUUUCUUUAAUUCUACAGGAAACAGAUUACAAAGAAGCCGAGCUCGCCUCACAAGGAUCUUCUUGGAGAUUUCCCUCAUCUUUGCUGGGAUAUACUUUGGUAGGUUUUCAUUUAGCUUUUUAAGCUUGCUAUCGAAAAUAAACGGCUUUGCAUAUGGCCAAUGUAUCUCCUUGGGUAUGUGAAGUUUUAUUGCUUUGGAAACCAAGAUUAAGAAAAGCAGCACCCCGUCCCAUACGAGUUAUGUAUUUGUUGUCUUUACGCAUGAGGGAAGAGAUUCAGGAAAAAAGCAUAAUUCACAACAAGUAAAGAAAUUUAUAUUCUUAAAUCAUCUGAAAUCUUCUUGCACUGUAUGGUUGACUAUCAAUGUAGUUUUAACAAAUUGCUAAGAUACACUUGAAAAUACACCUUAUUUGGUUGUGUCCGACAUAACCUGCAACAUCUGUAACUUCCAUGAAAAUAAACUCCUUGUAUGAGGGUUGGGGUAGAAGCCAAAUUUGAACAUUCUUUUACAGAAUUAAGGACGCUAAGCAAACUAGAACGACAUAAAUGUGAACAUCAUUGCAAAUCCAAAGGUUUCAUGACUAAAACAACUUUCGCGAGCGUUUUGAAACUGUGUAAAUUUGUUACAGAUAUAGACGAUAAUUUUUUCAUCGACGUUUUGUUUAGCGUAGUCCUCGUGAUUGAUUACGGUCCCUAUUAUCUGGCAUAGGUGACCCCCUUUACAUUUUAGCAUUUGGUCAUUAUCAUAAUAUCAACAGUUCUAACAAAACUCUCGACGGACACUUCUAUACCAAAACACCAAAUUCCCGAGAUAGAUGGCGCUUAUGAACUUCGCUCAUCUGUUCACUGAUAGGCUCGGUGAUUGUUAUAUUCCUUGGUAGGAUCUUG